ACAGUAUUGGAAUAUUAUUUGAUGAUGUUUAGGCCAAUUUUCAUUUAUUUUAUUUUCCACCCUAAAACUAUCAAAUUAUUUUCUCAAAGGACGCGCUUCAUUAUAGAUGGUGCAAAGAAGAAUCAUAUCCUACUUGCCAUUAACAAGUGGAUGGCUUGUAAAAGCCCUGAGUUAUGAUCCUAAUCGAAUUGCAGGAAUCUUGGAGAGGACAGCUAGACUAAGGCCUACACAGGAAGUACGGUGAUAAAUAAUUGUGAGCUGCACUGUGUUGUUCCAUUUGAGAACUGCAUCUGGGAUGGCGAACAUUCUGUUAUUGGUCUUACCACUUUUAUUUGGCUACUUCUGUUGUGCUCAAUAUAAUGGAGAUGGCUUCAACAUAUAUAAAGAUUUUUUCAUCAAUAAGGGAGAUAGUUCUGUGAGGGAUGAUGAUGAUGAUAUUAAAGAGCUGCUAAACAAAGAAGCAAUAAUAUUGCCAUCUAUGGCUGCAAAGGUGCAUGUUACAUCCGAUUCAACGAAGAGAAACUAUUUAUUCAAGAAUUUGAUGGCUGGAAGAGAUACAACUAGUCUCAAUAUUCCUUAUCCAGUUUUCCCAUCUGAAACAAGAAUUCUUCCACCUAGGAUAGGAUUCAAGCGUGAUUACGACGGCUCUGGUAACAUUGACGAGAUCAAUUUGAGGAAACUGGAGUUUGAAAAAGAGUUGAAGAGUAUCAAUAAACGAUCACCAGGCUCUGUUCUCACCUAUACCAUUGCAUCAUCUAAGCCUUCGAGACUAGAAUUCAGGCCUGAGAGUGGAAAGCAUCGAUUCCAACCGACCUCAUUCGUGGCAACCAUGGGGAAAUAAUAUUGCGGAGUUUGAUGUUAGUGUGCAAAUUAAUAUAAAAUAGUACACAUCAUG